UUGUAUAUGGAUAUAAAUAGUGACAAUUUUGUUUUCGAGAUUUUAUCACAUGCAGAUUUUUUCUAUCGUUCGAAAAAGGCAAUGUUACCAUCAGUGAAGAAUUUGUCUCUAUUCAAUGAAUCAUCGCGAAAUGAUGAUAAUCAAAACCAAUCACAUGAUGAUUCUAUUGAAAAACGUUCAAGAAUAUUUCCAAAUAUACGAAAUCAAUUUGUCAUACAUAUCUAUUAUCAUUUGGAUGAUAAUACAGAAAUUCUACAAGAAAUUCGUCAACAAUUUGUAGAAAAAUGGCUUAAUUUCGAAAAUGAAUGGCACAUUUCUUUCGUAUAUGGACAUUAUGCUGUACAAUAUCAUCAAAUUGAACCAUUACUUUGUCAAUUAUCCGAAUUGAUCAAAUCAUUUGAAUCAUUUUCGCUUUGUUUGAAUAACGUUCGAAUUCUACCAAAUAGUGAUAAAAGUCGAUAUUUUUUAGCCAUUUGUCAAACUCAUUCUGACGAUGAUAUUGAUAAUGAAAUGGGUGACAAUGAAAUUAGUCUGAAAAAACUUCAUUCACCAUUGGCACCAAAUCGUGUUUUAAUCAAAUCAAUACAUCAUAUCAUUCGUAAAUAUCGAUCCGAAAUUGUUCCAGUAGAUGAUAGUCAACUCGAAAAAUUCAUAUAUCAUACAAGUAUAGCUUGGUUUACGCCCGAACAUGUUGAUGAAGCUCAAAAAAUUUGUGAUAAAUUGAAUCAAAAUUAUUUCAAUGAUGAAGAUGAUGAUCGAAUCUUGUUUAUUCGUAUCGAUCGUAUACAUUUAAAAAUUGGUCAUAUAUCUCGUAUUAUCAAUCUAUUGUGAAUCUAAUUAAUUCUAAUUAUUAUCUAUGAUAUUCUAUCAGAAAUCUUUUUCUUGAAUAAAAAAUUACAAAACUAAAUGGAAUAACAUCGUCUAU